AUGUCAGGGGAGAUUGCUCUUUCCUCUGGUGCUCGCAUCACUUCCAAGAGUUGGCCUCGUUUUCCCUGGACCCGCGUGCUUAGCGAGCCCAGGGAGUUCUUCUCCGAGCGCUUCCUCCCGCAACACAUUCUAGACAUCUUGGAUGAGCCCUCGGAAAUGAAGGUUCCUCAAAGAGUCCAGGUGUUCGACCACAUCUACUCGCUCCAAUCUGACGCACGGAAGGAUGAAGCCAGGCGAAACGAUAAGACGUUCGAGAUGAAGGCCUAUAUCGACCGCUGGGGGGACAUCCAAAAGCGAAAGCCCAGAGUGGAGGUUGAAGACCCUGGGACUGAAGGAGACGACGAGAUGGAGGGGGGUAACCAAGGCAUGGCCAAGGAUGUGACUCAAAACCGGGGAAGGGGUGACGAGGGGAGGCGCAGCUCUCAGGUGGACCCUGGUAGAAGGAUUGAAAGCGGGAGUGGGGAGGCAGGAACUGAGCGGAGCAAUGAGGGUAGUGAAGGAAGUGGAACUGGAAGUCGAAAGGGUAAAGGCAAGGCAAGGGGAAAGGCAAAGGGAAAAGGGAAAGGCAAAGGCAAAGGAAAGGAAAAAGAGGGCCCCAGGAAGGAGAACAAGAAGGGGCAGACCAAGGCCCGACUCGCUCGGGUUGUAGACCCCCUCGACGAUGGGUCGGAUUCCGCCCGCAGUUCUGAUUCUUCAACCUCUGAGGAAUCGGGAAUGAGCGCCAGCUCGGAAGGAGACAGUUCCGACGAAGGAUCAUCCUCAGACACUGAGUCCAAUGACAACUUCCAUGCUGAAGACGGUGCUGGGCCGAUGUUUCCUGGUACGGAGGAUGAUUCACCUGGGCAGGAACAAGACCGACGGGAAAGUGAGCAAUUCGAAGUCAGUGGAUCGAAGACAAAUGGAAACCUUAAUCCAGAGCCACUGGAGCCCAUGACUUGGUCCUCCUCAGAUUCGAGCGGAGAGUCUGAGUCGGAAUUACUGGCUGGUCCUUCUACCAACCCCUCUAACCCUAUCCCGCAACCAUCGACUCGGGACAUCGGCGAGGACUCGGAGUCCGGGACGGAAUUCGACGGGAGUGCACGUCGCAAGGAAGGUCUUGGAGCUCCUGUGGGCUCCAAUAAGAGAGACCUCCCAGAACGGGCUGCCAAGCGAAGACGUUUGUCCGCCAAGCCGCCUCAAACACCCUCCAAACGGAUAACCAGGGCCCAGUCUCAUACGCCCAGUCGAGGAACCAGGUCCUCAACAAGGAAAGCUGCAGAACGGAAUGUUCCUUCCUUGCCAGCCCGCCAAAGUCAGAAAUCCAAAACCUCCUCUUCCCGUCGUAGAUGA